AUGACGGCGGUUGCGAACCUUGAGCGCUGCUUGUUCAGGGCUGUUCACACCGCCGUGACUGCUCCUGACACUGCAGGCGCGACUCGGAUAACGGGGUCCUUGGCAUCAUUUCCAUUCAUUUUGCCUGUUGUCUCCCGGUAUUUUUUCCCGAGGGGGUCUUUGCGAAGUAGAGUAUAUCAUUCGGACCUACAGCGUCAUCAUAAGAUCCCUGCUCUCGUGUUUUCAAAUAGUCUCAGGUCAUUUACGUAUCCGUCUACAUCUUACCUUGGAAUGGCAAUCCGACGAGCAAACUCGACUCAGCGAGGUCCACGAAAUGAAGAAAUUACGCAGAACGUCGUAAAUCGUCACAAAGACUCGGACGCCCAUGGCAAACAUUCGCAUUCGAUCUUUCACUCACACUCGCAUGAUGAACAUGGCAAUGGACAUGAUGCAGGGCAGAUAGUACAGGCGCUUCAAACUGCUGGCGACAGAGGGAGUCGAAUAACGCUUAUAGGGCUGUUUUCCAACGUGGCUUUGACUGGCGCCAAAGGAUUCGCGGGCUGGUAUAUGCACUCUGCCUCAUUGCUAGCAGAUGCUGGCCACUCCAUGAGUGAUCUGCUCGGUGACUUUGUUGUGCUGUUUUGCUGGAAACUGUCAAGGAGGCCACCUUCAGCACGCUACCCGUAUGGAUUCGCCAAAUUCGAGACUCUUGGGACAACUACCGUGUCACUGUUGCUUAUCGGAGGAGCACUAGGCAUCGGCUUCCAUUCGUACCACCUCCUCGUGGAAGCACUGGUAACAACUCAAUUUACGUCUGUUGCUCAUAAUGUUCCUGCCAUUGGUCACUCGCAUGGUCAUACUGGCAUCCUCGACCCUAAUGCAGCCUGGUUCGCCGCAGUCGGCGUUGUAGCAAAGGAGUGGUUGUAUCGAGUAACCAAGAAGGUUGCCGACGAAGAACAUAGUCCGGUGCUCUAUGCAAAUGCUAUUCAUCAUCGCAGUGACGCGUAUUCGAGUGUCGUUGCCCUUUUUGCAAUUAUAGGAUCAUGGCUAUUCCCUGCAUUACCCUUAGACCCUAUAGGAGGACUCCUCGUUUCGUUUGUUAUCCUCAAGCAAGGUUUAGACCUUUUUGGAGGCGCGUUCACUGAGCUUACAGAUGCUGGCAUCUCUGCGAACUCGCAACGAAAGCUAAUACAAGCAUUAAACCCUCUUCUUUCCUCACCAUCUUCGUCCUCCUCUGUCUCCGGCAACGGUUUCCAUGACACUACUGAACUGCUUGCCAUUCGACAUCUCCGAGCUAAGCGUGCAGGCUCUAUGAUGUAUGUGGAUCUCACAGCUGAUGUGCCGAGCAAUAUGUCAGUCUUGGCCACAUCAAGACUAGAAGUAAAGAUCUCGCAGACGUUGAAGGAGGCGCGGAAGGAGAUUUCAGAAGUCCGCGUGAAAUUUCACCCUGUUGACACGCACGCUCCUCGGAGUUGAUCGGAUUUGUGUUUAUGGACGUAUCAUCGAUGUACCUAUUCGUUUCUUCGUUUCUCUGUUUUCCACACACUUUAAUGUGUAGUUCGUAAAUUAUUUUGUGCGUGACCGUU